AUGCCACAUCUCCCAUGCACGCCUGCUAACUACGGAUAUUCCGUACCCCUUCGAGAUUGACCGACCGCAUUGGGGGGGUGGCUCCUUUGGCUCGCAGCACGAACGACGACAACAAUAACAACGCAGGGUGAUGCUCCGCUAUCCCACGCUGCCAGCGGCCACCGAACGACUUCCCGCACUUCCCACCUGCGCAAGACCCUCCUGAUCCGCCGGCCGCGCACCCCAGGCGCCUCCCAACCACUCUCGUCUUGCACAGGAACCAGGCUGCCCAUUUGACGAGAGAGAGCUCGAAACUAGACACCCGCCCCUCGAUCCAAUUCCGAUCCUCAUUGUCUCACUGCGCACGACCAGUUCGCCGCCGCCCCGCUGCCCACAAUGUCGUUCCUCGACCAUGCAUACAGUCUGGUCAAGGACAGUGCCACCGAGGGCACGCCGACCCUCGCCGAGCUGCGCACCCAGCUCGAGAAGGGCACCGAUGAGACCAAGGUCGAGACCAUGAAGCGCAUCCUCACCAUCAUGCUCAAUGGCGAUCCGAUGCCACAAUUGCUCAUGCACAUCAUCCGAUUUGUCAUGCCGUCCAAGUCCAAGCCCCUAAAGAAGCUGCUCUACUUCUACUACGAGAUCUGUCCCAAGCUCGACGCCCAGGGGAAGUUGAAGCAGGAGUUCAUCUUAGUAUGUAACGGUAUCCGGAAUGACCUGCAACACCCGAACGAGUACAUCCGCGGCAACACGCUGCGCUUCCUCUGCAAGCUUCGGGAGCCCGAACUCCUGGAGCCCCUGCUGUCCUCGGCCCGCGCCUGCCUGGAGCACCGCCAUGCCUAUGUUCGGAAGAACGCAGUUUUUGCUGUCGCCUCCAUUUACCAACACUCGCCAUCGCUGAUCCCCGACGCUGCCGACCUCAUCGCCACAUUCCUCGAAGGAGAGAGCGAUCCGACGUGCAAGAGGAACGGCUUCGCUGCCCUGUCUAGUAUCAGCCAUGACAAGGCCCUGGCUUAUUUGAGCACCGUCUUCGAUGGCAUCCCGAACGCGGAGGAGCUUCUACAGCUGGUCGAGCUAGAGUUCAUCAGGAAAGAUGCCGUCCAGAACCCACAAAACAAGGCGCGGUACUUGCGCCUCAUUUUCGACCUUCUUGAGGCGAACACGUCGACGGUGGUCUAUGAAGCAGCUUCGUCGCUGACCGCACUCACCAACAACCCCGUGGCUGUCAAGGCCGCCGCCGGCAAGUUCAUUGAGCUUGCGAUCAAGGAGGCCGACAACAACGUCAAACUCAUCGUCCUCGACCGCGUCGACCAGCUCCGCCAGAAGAAUGAGGGCAUCCUGGAUGACCUGAUUAUGGAGAUCCUGCGUGUGCUCUCGAGUCCCGAUAUCGACGUCCGCAGGAAAGCGCUGGGCAUCGCGUUGGAGAUGGUGUCCAGCAAGAACGUUGAAGAGGUUGUCCUCCUCCUCAAGAAGGAGUUGUCCAAGACGGUCGACCAGGAGUAUGAGAAGAACAACGAGUACCGCCAGCUCCUCAUCCACUCCAUCCACCAGUGUGCCGUCAAGUUCUCCGAGGUUGCGGCCAGCGUCGUUGAGCUCCUCAUGGAUUUCAUAGCCGACUUCAACAACGCUUCGGCGGUCGAUGUCAUCAACUUCGUCAAGGAGGUGGUCGAGAAGUUUCCUGCACUCCGGCCAGGUAUUGUGCGAAGACUUGUUGAUACCCUCAGGGAGGUGCGCGCCGGAAAAGUCUACAGAGGCAUCUUGUGGAUUAUCGGCGAGUACUCGCUUGAUGAGAAGGACAUCCGGGAAGCGUGGAAGGGUAUUAGGGCUAGCCUCGGAGAGAUCCCAAUCCUGGCGUCCGAGCAGAGGUUGUUGGAUAACAUGGACAAUGAGGAGGAGAACAAGGAACAGGAGCAGGUUAAUGGCCAUGCCAAGUCCGCACCGGCUGGCUCGCGGAGGGUACUUGCCGAUGGGACUUACGCCACCGAGACCGCCCUCACCAGCCAGUCGGCGGCGGCUGCUAGGCUGGAAGCCGUCAAGGCAUCCUCCAAGCCGCCUCUCAGGCAACUUAUUCUGGAUGGCGAUUACUACCUGGCAACUGUUCUCUCGGCGACGCUCACAAAGCUGGUCAUGCGUCAUUCCGAGCUCUCCUCCGAGGCUGCUCGCACCAACGCACUGCGGGCUGAAGCAAUGCUCAUCAUGAUCUCCAUCAUCCGGGUUGGCCAGUCGCAGUUUGUCAAGGCGCCUAUUGACGAAGACUCGGUGGACCGUAUCAUGAGCUGCGUCCGUUCUCUCGCCGAGUUCCAGCAGCACGGGGAGCUGGAGACGGUCUACCUGGAGGACACGAGGAAAGCGUUCCGGGCAAUAGUGCAGGUCGAGGAGAAGAAACGCGCGGCGAAGGAGGCGUUCGAGAAGGCCAAGACUGCUGUGCAAGUCGAUGACGUGGUCUCGAUCCGCCAGUUGUCCAAGAAGAACGCCGUCGAUGGGGUUGACGCAAUUGAGCUCGACCUCGAGAGGGCAACAGGCGGCGAUAGCAGUGCCGCCGAGGACCUGUCCGGGAAGCUCAGCAGGGUUGUGCAGCUCACCGGCUUCUCGGAUCCCGUUUACGCGGAAGCCUAUGUCAAGGUGCACCAGUUCGAUAUCAUCCUCGACGUGCUGCUGGUCAACCAGACAACAGACACGCUGCAGAACCUCACGGUCGAGUUCGCCACGCUCGGUGACCUCAAGGUGGUGGAGCGGCCGACGAGCCAGAACCUGGGCCCGCACGACUUCCACAACGUGCAGUGCACCAUCAAGGUGUCGUCGACCGACACGGGCGUCAUCUUCGGCAACGUCGUGUACGACGGCGCGCACUCGACCGACACCAACGUGGUGAUCCUGAACGACCUGCACGUCGACAUCAUGGACUACAUCCAGCCCGCGACCUGCUCCGAGACGCAGUUCCGCACCAUGUGGACCGAGUUCGAGUGGGAGAACAAGGUCAACAUCAACAGCAAGGCCAAGAGCCUGCGCGACUUCCUGGACCAGCUGAUGGCCUGCACCAACAUGAACUGCCUCACGCCCGAGGCCAGCAUGAAAGGCGACUGCCAGUUCUUGAGCGCGAACCUGUAUGCCAGAAGCGUUUUCGGAGAGGAUGCCCUAGCCAAUCUCAGCAUCGAAAAGGAGGGCGAAGAGGGCCCCAUCACGGGCUUCCUCAGGAUACGCAGCAGAUCGCAGGGGCUGGCGCUGAGCCUGGGCUCGCUCAAGGGCCUGAACAAGAUCGGCUCGGCGGCCUGAGACGGGGGCAAAAUCACCUACCUAAUUGUUUGCGAUCCUCUUUCUGUUAUGGCGUAAAGAAAAGAAGUAACAUUCGGAAUCACGUUUUGAUCAAUGCCUGCUACUCCCGUAGUGGUUGAAUCCCAAAGUUCAAAAGUGAGAGCAGCGUGGCUGUGUAAGUCCAGUCGGUGCUGCCUUGUGGACGGUCGACAAUCCGAGCUCGAGGUGGGGGGAGGGAUGGAAAAGGAGUUCUUGGUUGGGAAAAGGGGG